AUGUCUGCCUCUAACGACGCUCCUACAUUAGUUAACCAGUUCAUUGCGUCAGUUGCAUCGGGUGAGCUGUCUAGUGAAGCUCCCCAAAAACUUUCAGAAAGACUUGCGCUGGGAUCUUUAACUCUACUCCAGUUCAUCCAAGUGCUAGGGCCCUCUCUCACAUCUGACGACCCAACUACAAGAAGUUAUGCGGUCAACUGCUUGAGCUCUACCCUUGAGCUACUGAUAAACACCGUUCGUUUGACUAACCAGGAUGUUAACGUCUUGGUACAGUUCUUGGUGAGAAAGUUCGAAGAUGAGAAACUCACCAUCCAUAUACUCGCCGCCUUGACUUCGCUAGUGCAGUUCAAGAAAUUCUUACCGCAUGUCAAUGAUAAUUUUACAACUUUGGUGAAAGCGGUGACAGAUGUUUACGAGCCCCGUAAGCAUUUGGCCAAGGUUCGUUACGAAGCUUUCAACCUUCUUCUGACCUUGUUGAAGCUGCAUGAAGAGGCGAUCUUCACUAACCCAGAAUUCCUGGAAACGUUUAUUAAAGCAUUCAUACAUGUUGCAUCUGGAGAAAAAGAUCCAAGGAAUUUGCUCAUGUCUUUCAGACUCAAUAUGGCGAUCAAUGAAAAGUUCCAAUUCCAAGAUAGGACGACAAAUUCAGUGCAUGAUGGGCUUCUCACUGAGUUGUUCGACGUCUGUUUUUGCUACUUCCCUAUUUCAUUCUCCCCACCUGCUAAUGAUCCUUAUAAAAUUACUGCUUCAGAUUUAAAGCUCGAGUUGAGAAAGACUAUCGCUUCCCAGACCCAAUUUGCUCAAGACACUUUUCCUUCACUUUUCGAGAAGCUUACGUCCACUAAUCCCUCUGUGAGGAACGAUGUUUUACAAACUCUUUAUUUGUGUGUUACCAAUUAUAGUGCAUCGACUAUCGAACAGUAUUGGGUUACCAUUUGGGAAGCUCUCAAAUUCGAAAUAUUGCAUAACGAUGUUCUGAUAUUCCAACCUCAGGCAUCCUACAUUAUACCACCUGAUUUUGAGGCCAUUGACGAUACUGAUGACAACAAGACCUUGAUAUUGACCCUCAAGACCUUAAGUGGAGUGGCUGAGAAGCUAUCCGGUUCCGAGGAACUGGUCAAAUCAUUGGUAGAAACAGUCAAAGGCGACCUCAAGUCAAACCUCGAGUCAGAAGACAGUAAAACUGUGAAGCAGUCUACGCUUCUCAUCUGCUCUCUUGGAAGUGUUUCGGUCCCAGUUUACAAUGGCUUUGUGGAUUUCUUGUUCUCGUUCGACGUAUGGGGAAAGUACGUAAGAAGUGAUCUUCAAGAAGAGAAACAAUCAGAUGAUGACAUGGAAAUCGAUGUUUCACUUACAGUCGCUCGUCAAAGAGAUCUUAUUGACAACCUUGGUUUCGUCUUCUCCGCAAACCUAGUUCUUGGCCUGCCAACAAGGUUAUUGGAGUACAAGGAUCAUUUGUUAAUCUUCUUAGGACAGCUUUUGCAGACUUCCUCAAAGUUGGACAAAACCUUGAAAUGCAAAAUCACCCAGCAGCUCGUGAAAUUAAUAUUGCUCAAAGACUUCCUUUUAACGACAGAGGUCCUGCUUAUCCUUGGCUGGCUUAAUGAUAACUUGAUCAACGUUAUGCAAUCUGGAAAUUCUGGCUGGGAAAAGGAUAUUUUCCUUGCCGAGAUUGUGAAUGGUAUAGUACGUAUCAUGACCGAAGGUCCUGAGGAUCAAGUUGCUGUUCAUGUCAGCAGUGUGAUUGAAACGAUCUUGCCUACUUUAUUGGAUAAUAUUGCCGACACUAAUAUCUUGGAUAUUAUUAAGAAGUUAUGCGUCAAUUACCGAGUUUUGGAAGUUUUGUCAAUUAGACUUCUCAACAAAAUCGACUAUGAGGAUUGCAGCCAUGAACAGCUUGGAAGUAUCAUUGAUUGUCUCAUAAGUUCGUUUAAACAAACUCAAUCGGUGAAGCCAUUCGUGACAAAUACGUGGUACAAAAAUUUUGUCCCCAGAUUCUUGGAUCUAAUUGUCAAGAAGUCAGGGGAUGAUGCGGCCAUUCUUGAGUUAAGUGGCCAGUUACUUGGUCUCAUCACUCGCUACACAGAAAAGAGCAAACAACCGGCCAUUUUGCAAGACAUUGUGGGUAAGUUUUCAGGACUUGAUGAAACCGGUGGCGAACUGAUCGAUGUAUUUGCUUCCCCUUCAGCAAAAAUUGCAAUUCUCAAGCACGUUCUUGCGAAAGUUGAUAAGAGCUGCAGCUUCCCAUCUGAUGCUCAUGAAAAGAUUGAGCAGUCUAUCAAAUUGGCAUCUCAAGCAAAUGCUGAGUUCGUCAGAAUGGGCUACUUGCAGGUUAUUGCCAUCUUAGUGAACAAGUUCACCUCGCAGAAUGAUAAGACCAAUGGCGAAGUGCUUGAGAGGUUAUUUGGUGACUUCCAAACUGAUGUUAAUUCAUUGGAGACUGCCACAUGGAUUCUCAAGGGAUUAAUUAUGAGAAGCGACCUGGUAGGUGCAGAGUACUUGAAUAAGCUAUUGGAUGAAGUUUUCAGCUCUGAGAACCUUGGAUACAGCAAGCAAACCUCGCGUUGUUUCAGCAUUUUAAUGGCUGAUUUGGAUGUCUUCCUGAACCCAGAGAACAGCAAGGUGAAGAUCAUUUCGGGUGUGGUGAACUUGAACGUUAAGCUUCUCUACAAGCAACAGAUCUUCGAAAAUAUUUUACAAAGAGUACUUGAAAAGUUCAAUACGGUCGAAGCAGAUGGCAGAAAGGAAGUUCUCUUGGGAACUUUGGCUAUCAUCAUCGGGAACAUCUCCACCAAGAUUUUAAAGCCCCAUUUGAAGGAAGUCUUUCCAUUGGUACUCAAUGGUUUGAGUAUUGAAAAUGCCACAAUUCUAAAAGCUUCGUUGGACACAUUCAAGGUCAUCAUCUCGGAGUCCCCAGAUCUUAUUUCUGAGAACAUUGAUAGCCUCGUGGUGAAGCUUGUGGAUUUGAGCACACGCAAGAUUGUGAUUGGCAAAAAGCUUGUGAAUGACGAAGAGAUCAGGUUCUUAGCACUUGAAUGCCUUGAAGGUAUCUUUACCAGUGUGGAAAUCCCACAGAUAGUGAAGUACCAAGCAACCACGAGAGAUAAACUCAGAGUUUGUCUUGACGAUAAGAAGAGAAGCGUGAGGAAGAAAGCGUGCGAUGUGUGCCAGAUUCUCUACGAGACGGGCCGCUAG